AUGGCCGCUCUCAUCGCCGUCCUCGCUGCCGCCUUCCUCCUCCUCUUCUACUUCACCGUCAUCUCCAAACUCUGCAACAACCGCCGCAACAACAACAACAACAACCGCCGCAACUUCCUCGACUCCGAAACCACCGAUCCUCUCUCCUCCUCCCGAGUCGACUCACUCGUACACGAUCCAACUCGCUCCGAUACAGGUCUCGAUGACGCCUUCAUCCGUCAGAUCACUGUAUUCAAAUUCAAAAGAGAAGAUAAAUUAAUCGACGGCGUAGAAUGUUCAAUCUGUUUGAAUGAAUUCAAUGAAGAUGAAAAUCUAAGAUUGAUGCCGAAUUGUGAACACGCGUUUCAUCUUCCUUGUAUUGAUACUUGGCUUAAAUCUCACUCUAAUUGUCCUCUUUGUCGUUCUUCUAUGAAUCUUGUUGCUCCUCCACUUCGAUCUUCCUCGACUUCGAACAAUAAUUCUGGUGUUGCUGCUUUAACAGUUCAGAGGACUAACGACGCCGUUUUGGUCAUCCAAAACUUGGAAAAUCGCCUUCAACGUGUAGUGGAGGCUAAUCAAGGUCAGAGGAAGGUGGGAAAAGAUUGUGGCGAUGAUAUUAGAGAAGAAAAAAAAGAGAAAGAAGUGGAUGAUCUUUUAUUUUGGGUCAUCGUAAAUGGUGCACUUAAAACGAGUGGUUUAUAA